AUGGCCGACCGAUUCCCGUCCUUGGAGGACUUUGAUGCCGGGGCCCAGACAGAUAUCAAGAACGCUGCCGAGGACCCGACGGCCGAUGAUUUCCUAGCCCGCGAGAAGGCUGUCCUUGGAGAUGAUGCGAACCAGUUUGCGACAGCCCAGGAUGCUUCGGCACUUGGUGGCUCAGAUGGCGACCUACUAGGCGAGGCCGAGCAGCCCCAGGCUACUUUCGACUCUCAAUUUCCCGAUCUUGCUAGCCCUUCAGCGGGCAUGGUCCCUGGCAGCAACACAAUCACUGGGCCUUCGGUCAGCUACAACUCCGGAUACCAGGCGCGCGCCGACGAGGAAGAAGAACCCGAAGUGAUCAGAGAGUGGCGCGAAUCCCGUGACGCACAGCUUGCCAAGCGUGCUGAGCAGUUCGCCGCCCAGCGCGAAGAGACCAUUAAGGAGGCUCAAGCCAAUAUUGACGACUUCUACAACAACUACAAUGCGAAGAAGGAAAAGGAAAUUGAGAAGACGCGCAAGGAGGCAGAGCAAUUUCUAGCGAACCGAGAUGACACCGUGUCAGGUGGUACCAGCUGGGAUCGCAUCGCCAAACUGGUAGACGUCAGCGGCAAGGGCGCGAAAGGCGGCUCCGCCGGCUCGGGCAAGGAGCGCUUCCGCGAGAUGUUGAUGAGCUUGCGGAAGGAUGAGAAGGCACCGGGAGCUACAGGCUACUAG